GGCAAGAGGUCAUUUCACGGUCGCAAGUUCAAGAACUUCAGCUCCAGACCGUGAAGUGUUGUAGUGAAAUGGCGCGUUUUUGGCCGAGAUCACGGUCUAGGCUUUGCGUUCACAACCGUGAACAACCUUUGAUCUGGGUAUAAAAGUCAGCUGCAGAAGGAAGAAGAGUGAGAGCUGGUUUUUGGAGAGGGAAUAGUUUCUUUCUCUAGGGUUUCGACCCAAAACACCAAAGGGGAGUUCUAGAGAGAGAGAGUGUGUGAGUUCUUGAGUGAUCUUGGAGCUUAAUUGAAGGCAUUGAACAAGCUUGGUAGCAAGCAAUCAAGCCUAAAAGAAGAAGAAAUUGGGCUUUAAUUUGUAAUCUUUCACUUCUCUCUCUAGAAACUCACCCUCUUCUCUUGGGUUUAAGAAACCCUAGGUCUAGUUUUUGAUUGGGUGUUGUUGUAUGUGACAAAUCCAUGUUUGAUUGAUUUUAUUAUCUAAGUUAUGGAUGGUUUUCAUGAAUGGCAUGAGUUUGGAUUCUAGUUUCAUGUUUUGAGAUUUUGACCUGGGAGCGAGAAAAUCCCCUUGGAGCCCAUUUCUUGGCAUCUUCGGGUCACUCCUCACCCUAUAUCGUCCGGGUAAUCCCCAAGGGAGUCAAUUGGAUGGAGCUCCUACGAUAUAGGGGUGCCCUAGGUUGAAUAGAGCAUCACCCGUCCACCACUUCACUGUUCCGAGUCCGUCUUGAGGGAGUUCAUCUCCUAACGGUAGGAUAGAUAUUCGAUUGAGCUAGGAGGAUACUCAACAUCGAUCAAAAGGUCAGAAAUAGGGGGUUUAACCCAAGAGAGCUCCCAACCUUGUAAAUAGCUAGGUUAGUGAUUAGCUAGGUUAGUUAGUUUAAUUCUUCUAAUCACCAUCCUAGGUUGGCUAGAUAACGAACCCUAAACCUGAAGUAGGGUAAGCCUAGAUCCCCGUGGUACGAUAAAUUAUUAUUGCUUGCUUGCCCUAUGCUAUAACCGGUCGUCGGUUAUACUUGGCCGGCGAUUGGGAUGUGUAGUUAGAAUAGAGUCAAGUUUUUGGCGCCUUUUUCUAGGUUAUUUGAAAAAGGGUUAGGUCGUUACUUUAGCCAUUUUGUUUUAUGUUUUGUGUUUGUUGACCCACUCUUCUCUUGAAGGGUGGUUUGUGUUUGUUUGAUUUUAUUUUUGUGUUUGUAUGUUGAAUCAUGGAUCCCAAUGGCUUCUACAACAUGUGGGGGUAUCCACAACCACCCGAAUGGGGGUACCCCGGAGCUUCAUGGAGUAGCCAUCAAGGGGGAAGCCAAGGAACCGGGUUCUAUGAUCAACCUCAUUUCCAAGAAGAAGAACCAUACCAAUGGGGAUACCAAGUGGCUUCCCCAUAUAAAGAAGAUUUCCCUCCAAAAGUAGAGGAGAAGUCCAAGUUGGAGUUGGCAAUGGAAACUUUCAUGGGACAAUCCUCAAGACCAUUUGCCACUCCAUAACCGGAGCCAAAGAACCAAUUAGAACUCAUGGUGGAGCGGUUUGCUCGAGGCACCGAUGAAGGAUGCUCGAACUUGGAUCUCCCCCAACCCGAAGUGAAGUCUAAGUUGGAGCUUGCCAUGGAGAAAUUUAAAAGAACAAGCUCCAACAUGGAUUUCCAACCCAUCAUUCCUCCCGGUUUGACACUAAAAGAGAAGGUGGCACGAGCUUGUGCAAGCUAUCACCUCUCAUCAUUGGAGGAGAAAGAUGAGGUUGAAGGAGCGAUCAAUGAAAAACGUGUGGAGCAAGAUGAACUCACCCUGGAGAGCUCCCGUGGCAAGGAUAAGCAAGAAGGUUGCCUUGACGACUCUCAUCACUUUCCUCUUCUCGAGGGCAAAUUUGAAGAUCGAGUCACGAGUGUGGAGGAGCAAGAGAAUCAUUUCUAUGAUCCUGCAUGGCAUCUUUCCUUCCAAACCGUGCUUGAGGACAUGAAUGGGAAGGAGGAAGUAGUGGUUGAAGAGGAGGAAGUGAGCGUUGAAGAGGAGGAAGAUCUUUAUUGUUCCCAAGGGGAGGAACAAAGUGAAGAAGAAAAAAGGGAGGUUUAAGAUGAAGUAGAAGGAGCAAAUGGUUUCCAAGAUGAGGACAAGGUCGAGGUGGAUGAAGCAUCCACAAGUUACAAGUUCCAUGAAAGCUUUCCACCCAACCUCGAUGCACUUUUGGAGAAGGACCCAUUUGUGGCUCUUUGCCAAGCCAAGGCCAAACCAUCAGAGAUCCCUCUUGGUGGAUGCAAUGUUGUUAAAUCGAUGAUGAAUUACAUGGUGUGGGCAAAGAGAAGAAGGAAGAUGGAAAGAAGAAGAGGUCUCAUGGGUGGAGGCUCAAAGCCACUCAAGUUCACGGCCCCUCAAUCAUGGACUCGUUCAAAGCUCGUGACUUGAGACACCACCUGACCGACAAGAACCUCAACUUCAAGGAGGUUCUUAGGUGGACCAAAACAUGAAGACCAAAUGAUAACGAUGUAAUUGCACAUAUUUGCGCCCCUAGUUCUUAUCCGUUUGAGGGGCAUAGUCGUGUGUUUUGGCCUAUUUUACGCCGGGUUGUGCUAUUUUGUCAUGUUUCAGGUCCCAGGCGUUAAAGGGAAGGCUAACCGCGAGUUUCGGGGCAUUCGGAAGUCAUUUCGGUGAGCUGGAGCCAAAACACGGGCAGACCCAAGGCAUUACACGGCCGUGUACUGCUGGCCGUGCUUUUUAUGCCGAGAGCAAAUUCAGUUUGGCCAAUUCAACUGCAAACACGGGCACCAAAGCACGGCCGUGUUCAGUCAAAGCACGGCCGUGUACAUCGCGAAGCACGACCGUGUUUUCCAACAGCUGCUGGCCGUGUAAUUAAACACUGGCCGAAACACGGGCAGGCUCAGGCAAAGCACGGCCGUGUCCUCGACCGUGCUUUGGCCACUGAUGCUUUUAAGCAGAGUUUCAGCCACAAUUCAAGGGGAUUCGAGUUUUUGAGAGAAAGAACGACUUCUAGAGAGAGAAAGUGACGAGCAAGAGUUCCCAAGUGCCCUAGAUUGAUCUUCAACACCAUUGGAGGCCAGCUUGAGCUUGGAGAAGUGCCAAUCAACGUCCAGAAGCAGGAAUCCAUCCUUCGCAGUAUGAAUUCCGUGUCUGAUUAUGCUUUUGCUUUCUUCUCCAUGGAGUAGUUCUCCCAUUCAUCUGGGUAUGGAGAACCCUAGAUUUGUAUGUUAGGCUUUGAUUGUAUGAACCCAAGUACUGAUUCUGUGAUUGAUUAUAUUCGAUUGAGGUUUUAAUGAUUGAAUGACUUGAAUCCUGAUCAAAUUCCUGUUGUUUCUGCUUUAACCUAGAAUGAGAAUAUCUUCCUAGGUUAAUAGAGUAUCCUUGAUUGA